GUUUCAAAAUGGGACACUUGGACCAGCAAGCAAUGAGCAACCAGCUGAGACGUCUUCACAAUGCCCCUACAGCUGUGCGCGGUACUUCAGGUCCAAUGAGGGCCUUGCCAAUGCAUGCUUUCCCAUUACAGCAAAGUUGUGGAAAACAAGUGGAAAAUGCAAUCACUCCGGAUGAUGAAGGCAUAACAGCUCUUGACUAUAACACUCCUGCUGAACCUGCUGUAAAAGAUGCAAAACCCACUUUUGGAUCACUAAGUAGCAUUGAAAAUGAACGACCAUGUACCCCUGAUAUAGGAAUAACAAUGGAUCAUCGCACAUCAACACCAGAUGUUUUCAGGCCUGGCGACCCUGGCAGUGGGCCUCGAAUUACCAGCACUCCAGCAAUGAGAGGUGGCGUCUUCUCCAGAAUGGUGGGCAUGGAUGGGCCUGCUCCAACGCCCAUCGUCGCUCCGAUCCCACGACUUCAGAGAGUUGUUAGCAUUGCCAGCACAGGGUCAUUGCCAGAAGGUAGUCAAGAUCCUAAGUGGCCUGGACUCUCACAUGACUCCACUAAAGACAGUAAGGGUGGCAUUGGCACUCCAGCAAAUCAUCACUCAGGAAGAAUCAUACAAGCUGUUAAGCUAAAUCAUCGGAGUGAGGAUAAUCUUAUGGCUGAUUCUAAUGAAGUUGAUGUACAAGAUAGAAAAGUUGAGCCUCUGUUACAGAAUGAAGAUUUAGAUAAAGCGAUACCUUCACUUGAUACAGGAAAAGAAGUGCAGGAGGAGGAGAUUGUGGACAGCCAAAGACUUAACCAAGAUGGUGAUAAGCAAGGUGCCAUAAACAAACAAUUCCCUGUAGCACAAGAAAAUUCCCAGCAUGCAUGUGAUGGCUUACCAGAUGAAAUAGUAAGCAGGAAGGAAGUAACCAAAGACCUGAAGAAAGAUUGUCCAGAAAUACUAAACAGGACAUUAGAUUUACAACCUUCAACAGAUGUAAAUGUUGAUGGAAGUCAGGCUACUAACAAUGAGAAUGAGAUUAAUGUAGAAGAGCCUGAUGUUCUUACUGAAGAAAUGCCAUCUGGAAAUGUGCAUCAGUCUGAGUUCAGAAACAACACAGCAAAGCCUCUAGUUGAUAUUGCUAACCAUGAAGUAAGAGCUGACUGUGAGAAACAGACAGAUACUGCUGUCAUUACACAAAGCCAGUCUAGUAGUAGUAUUGAAGUGAAGGCAAAUUGUGAAGCUUCUGAUGCCUGUGAUCCUGAUUUACUUAUCAAUAUUGAUGAAAAGAACCCAACACUUAGCAUUGUGCCACAAGUUAUCCAAAGUAUUCAGACUGAAGUUUGCUUAAAUGAUACUUUUGAGGCUGAGCAGUCAGAUUCAAGUGCCAAAAUCAAAACUGAAGGUCAUCAUAUUCAACAAGAAAACAUUCCAGAAGAUAAAAAUAACCUCUCAGAAAGGCCAGGAAAAGAUAUUUGUGCAGAGAGAAAGGUCAACAAUAGCCAGGCAGAAAGACCUAGGCCCAAACGAAAUAUCAGUGCUGAAAGUAACGAGUCCAGUAACAAUGAAGGAGAGUCACAUACUAGUAGCGAGAUGAAUGCAGAGUCCAACAGACAGACUAGACUGAAAAGAUCAUCACUUACACAUGCAAGAAAGGUUCCAACACCUGUGUCAUCCGCAAAACCCAAUCUUAAAACUACAAAGAAAUUAGAUACUAGUAAAAGUAGUACUUGUAGUAAUACAAGUUUCUCAAAGGUAGACCAGAAAACAUCACUGAAAAAGGUUGGUGGUCAGUCAUCCAGACCUACUGCAACAGAUAACAAGAACCCACAAGCCAUGGUAAGACCUGCUUUAGGAAUACGCAGGAGUUUACCUCAUUCUAGUCCAUCUCAGAAAUCCAAUAACAGCAUUACAAAGUCAAAUAAAGAGAAUACCCUUGGCAAGCAAGUUGAUGGAAAUAUCAAACAUCCAGAAACUCAGAUUAAGAGUAAGCUAUCUUUAACAAAAGGAAUUAAUCCACCAAAACGAACAGUCCUUGGCUCCUCAAACAUUCAGAUCAGGAAAAGUAUUGUUGUUCAGCCUGAGAAACAGAAAAAUGGACUUGCUUUAACAAAAAAUUCACCUCUCAGAGCUACCACUGGGGCUUUAAAAAAUAAAGAUCCUGGUGAAUCAUUAAAAGGAAGAACUAAAUCAGUCCAGUCUAAUAGCACACAUGGGCAAGAUAUAGAUAACAAAACCACAAGCCAAGGAAGAUUAAAACCACCGAGUAAGAGAAUGAAGCCAUCUUCUCCCCUCAAGAGUCCACCAAAAGCUGAGCUUAAACAACCCCAAAAGCUCCCACAGCCUACCCAAAAGAUAGCUGUAGCAUCCCAUGCUUCAGGAUUUACAAGUAAAAUGGCAAGGCCACAAAUGGCUUCAGGUCUUCAACCCCCUGCAGCUCAAAGCAAGAUUACAUCAUCUGGGAACAGUGCAGUUUCCAAGCUGCCUGGAUUACGACCUCCAUCAAAUAUUAAGCCUGUGGCAGUGAAGAGGGUUUCUGGGAUAAUGCCUCCCACUGCAAACAAGCCAAAUGUGCUUCGGCCUCCAAGACCAAUGGCUCGAUAAUUAGUCUUAAUACACACACUGAUCAGAUGUCAGUAUUUAUGGGAACAGUGGCAGGUAAUUUAGAUAUUGUUACAGUAAGGCUGUAUUCAGUGAUUAAAAUUGUUGGUAUUUGAAAAUUUAAAUGUAUCAGUGGGAGUAAGAUACUAUAGCUAUUCUAGCAUUUUUAAAUGUACAAUGAGGUAUGUUGAGAAGUGAUAUUUGAUUAAUUUCUUAGACAACUAACAUUUGUGAACUAUUUUAUUGAUUAUUUAUUUAUUAUGUCCAUUUGCAUGAUGGAACCUAGGAAUUUUAUUUUAUCGGUCAUUUUAAUGCUUUACAUACAUUUAGUGUUUAAGCAAGAAAUUACUUUUUUCCUUGUUUUUCUUGGUGUAAAAUGCCAUAUUUUGAAAGGAUACAUAAUACAUAAGAUACAUACAGUGUACAUAAUAUUUUGAAUAAAGUUAUAUUUAGAGGAU